UCUACCCAAUCGUUCUGAAAGUUCUGAUCAACGCAACCUACCAUUAGGUGGCACACGAUGGUGCUGUUUUUACAAUAAACACCAGAAGAAGUACGAAAACAAGAAGAGAACGAAAAUGAAGAAUAAGUUCCCAGCAGCAGCCCGAAGAAGACCUGUUAGCCCCCGAGCUAACAGAGAAGCUAACAGAGAAGCUAACUGUUUCCUUUCAGGAUAAAUGCGACAAAAGGAGACUUCACAUUGAAAAUAUUGGACAUUUACUCAAGUCCUUCUCGGACGAGCAAACACGUCAAGAGUCGCGCAGGCUUUCCACGGCAUCAUGUCUGUCAUCACAUGGGAGGUUGUUGGCGAUCACUUUCUCAUCAACCAAUCAAGCAACUCCGUUCUGGACUGUAACGAAGACAAUGUGGUGGAGGAGAAACUGGAGGAAUCAGAAGCUCGACUAAUUAAAGAAGAAGAGAUUGAAGUCUGCAUCAUUCAGGAUGAAGAGCGGGUUGAUGUGAAGAAGGAAACUGACACAUGUAUUCUGACUUCCACUUGUGAGGAAACGUUUCACAGUGAGCCAGAACUCCAGCAGAUGUUAGGGAGAAAGAAUGAAGCAGAACAAAUUGAUAAGGAACCAGUUGAAGGCAGUGCCUUCCAGGAAAACGACCAGCAAGGAGUGAAACAAGAAACGGACACCUUCAUGGUGAUGCCUUCCUGUGAACCAGAACUAAACACCGACAUUGUACAAGACAGAAACUUUUCUUGUGAAGUUUGUGGUAAAUGUUUUACUAAAUCUAACUACCUGACUGAUCACAUAAGAACCCACUCGGGUGAAAAACCCUUCUCAUGUCUAACCUGUGGGAAAGGUUUCACACAGAAAACUAACUUGAUUGUACACAUGAGAACCCACACUGGCGAAAAGCCCCAUUCCUGUCAGUUAUGUGGGAAAUCUUUCAGAGCCAGUGGCCAUUUGGCUAGCCACAUGAGAACUCACACGGGGGAGAAGCCUUUCUCAUGUUUGGUGUGUGGGAAAGGCUUCACCCAGCAAAGUAACUUGACUGUUCACAUGAGAACUCAUUCUGGAGAAAAACCUUACUCCUGUGAUGUUUGUGGGAAAGCUUACAGUGACAAAACAUACUUAAAUGAUCACAUAAGAAGUCACACAGGCGAGAAGCCUUAUUCUUGUAAAGUGUGUGGCAAAUCCUUCAGUAACCGGAGUCCUUUGACCAACCACAUGAGAACUCACACAGGUGAGAAGCCGUAUCACUGCAAAACCUGUGGUAAAGCUUUUAGCGACUGCAGCAAUCUGGCUAAACACAUGAGAACUCAUACAGGUGAGAAGCCCUACUACUGUAAUGUUUGUGGUAAAGCUUCUAGUGACAGCAGCAGCAUGGCUAAGCAUAUGAGAACCCACACAGGUGGGAAGCUGUAUGCUUGUUAAGUUUGAUGAAAUAACUAGCAGAUUACAUAAAAACUUUAUAUUCUGUCUGAGCUGUUGAAUGGUUCCUAAAUCCAUCUCCUGGUGCCCAUCUGCUGCCGGAUGUGGGGUUCAUGUUAGAGAGGCAACAGAACCAGCAACCAUUCACACAUCCAUUAUCACACACGCUUCUUCCCUGGGGUUAUGAGAGUGCAGGUGCCUUUCUCCAGCAGUGAGGUGGUUUCACACUAGAGAGGUCGCCAGUCCAUCUCAACUUUAUGUAAAUUUAUUAGUUACAUUUUGGUAACACAAAAAUAAUAAUAAUUUUAAAAAAUCCAAACUUUUCAGGUUCAAAAUUCUUUCAGUUUAAUUUUCAAAAAAUGUUUUCAAAUAAAAAAAAUCUUUUGAACGAACUUUAUGGCCGCAAUUUAUCUCCAUCUUAAAUGUGUGAGGAGUCCAGAGAGAAACUGCUUUCGUUUCAAAGUUAAUGCAGGGAAUGUUCUAGAAAUGAGCAAAAGGAGCAUUUUAUUUUGCAAUUAUGACAAAACCUUACAGCUAAUUCAAAGUGCGUCACUGCCGCUGCAUUACAAUCUCAUUAGUGCAUCUCAUCCUUUUUCCUGUCCAGGUUGUUGAGAAUUGAGCCCAGCUUGUUAACUUCUUACCUGGAUGAUUCUGCAAACUGAAUAAAAAUUGCCCCAAUUUCCUUUUUAAUCUGGUGGUCAUCUUAAUUUUCAAAGAUAAAAAAAAUGCUUGGAACUGACAUAUCUGAUCCAUACAAUGGUUCCCAAAUUUCUGUUACCGCAAAUCAUUUCUAAAAAAAAAGAAUCCCAACAAAUGUUGCUGCAGUGAGAGAAAUUUCGAUUUCUAGUUGGUUUUGUUAUAAAAAAAUUGACAUAUUAUGGAUCUUGCAUCUGAAUAUUACUUUAGCUUUUUUCUUAGAAUAUAACAGACAUGUUUAAUUAUUUUUCACUUGCAUAAUAAUUUUUCUGGGACUACAACCCCCUCUAGUGGACGAAUAAAGAUCUGAGUUAAACCUGUUUGACGAUUAUGAAGACAUUUUAACUGGAAACUGAAACGUUUAUGGGAUUAUUACUUCCUGAUGAAUCUUGGAGACGUCCUUGAUUAGUUUGCUUUGUUUCAGUAUAGAUUUACAUUUUUUUUUUUUACACACAGGAAACACAAUGAAUGGAAAUGUCAUUGCUCCUCUGCAAACUGCUGGCUCUACCAACAUCUGUGAUAAAUCUUAUGUAGCCAGUCACAUCCGGAUUUAUCCAGGUGAGAAGCCGUUUUCCUGUGUGAGAAAUCAUACAGAACCAUCUUUGGCUUUUCAUGUCAGAACAGGAGAUGAUCUGUGUUCGUCUAAAGUGUGUGAUAAACCUUUCAGUAUUGCUGCCAAACAUGCAUCUGCUACAUACUGGCUUGAAGAGGGUGAAUAUGUAUUCAAUCUCUUGUUGGAUGUCUCAUUUUUGAAAACAUGUCAUUACUUUGUACAAAUCAGUUUUCCUCCUUUUUUUUUUUUUUACUUUUUUUGUCAAAAAGUCCAAUUUUGUUCCUCAUGGUUUGUUUGUAAAGUAAUAAAAUGGGUAAAAUAUCCAAAUGGAUGAAUACUUUUUAGAGGUACUGCAUAAUAUGUGGAUGACUCAUAUUGACAGAAACUGUUUUGAAAGAGGGGCUAAAUCUGUCCAAACCCUGAGUACAGAAAUGAAGACC